CCCUACACGUAUACGUAUACAGCCGGUUCAGCCAUCCGAGAAGGGUCCAACACCGACGCCUGCGGCGCCGGUGUUGGAGCUUCCCGGAGUUAGUUCAGCCAGGGAUUAUAACCCAGGAGAGGUCAGUGCCCACGCCCAGUUGUGUGCGGUAUACGUACGGUACGGCCUUUUAUACGGUCAGUCAUUUUGCAAAAGCUUAUCCGUCAGUCCUCAUGGUCAUGCCCAUAUUAUGGUCAAGUUGCAGUCAAGUCCAGUACAGUUAGUGGAGAUCUCAGUCAUCAGACGUCAUGGUCCUCGACAACGACGAUGCCGGAGCCUUUCAGCUUUCUUCUGUUCUUUAUCAUCUGGAACUUCGGUUGGUAUGAGGUGAAUUUAACAAUAAUCGGCGGAGGAACGGUGUUGCCAGUACGAGUUGCGUUGGUGUAAGAUCCCCGAGACCUUUCUGGAGUGUUACCCGGUCUGUGAAGGCGAUGCGAGUGAUCAAUGUCUCCGGCGCUGAUGGUGAUGCCGAUCCGGUGGGCGACAUCACGCACGAUGUCAUCCGUAUUCUCACCAGGCGUCGUCUUCAUUGCGUCGUGAAUAUUGCUCUAGAUGGUCAAGUCGAUUUGUGAGGUUAUUGACCUCGGUCGAGUUGGCAGAGACGGAUUUCUCAACAUCAUUGAGUUUUUGCAAUUUGCUGUCGAUGGCCACUUCCAAAUCAUAUCUAUAUUCAGGGGUUUCAUCAUCUCUUGAGGAGGUCUUCGCUACAAGUUAGACUGACUUUACACAGGACUAUGGCUACUAGGACCAAUGCCACUGUAACGCACCUUUCCAAACACCUAGAACUCCAUCAGUAUCACCCCGAUACUAUAGAUUCUGGAGAGCCAAGACCAACUGUAGUAUUCCUUCCCUGGAUGAAUGCCACCCAGGCUCAUGCUAACCACUAUCGUGAGCUGUACGCUGUCAGAGGUUUCAAUGUCCUGACUGUCUGGGGAAGUCUAUCCUAUUUCUUAUGGCCCCAGUGGGCAAUGCCUCUAGCUACAGAGCUAGCUGAUUACCUGGAGAUGCAAACCAGGGGACCUCUUGUUGUUCAUAGCAUGUCUGUUGGUGCGUACCUGUAUGCAGUGACUCUCACCCUCAUCGCAGACAACCCUGACAAGUAUGGCAGCCUGGGGUCAAGGGUCAAAGGUCAUGUGUAUGACAGUAUUGUGAUUGGAACGCUGGAAGAGAUGGCCAGGGGUGUGAGCAUCAUCGUUGCACCAAAGAGCGCCAUGCUGCAGCAGGCUAUCAGACGAUCAUGUUUGCUGUACUUUGCUGCCACCAAGCAACACACCGUGGUGCCUUACAACAGAUUCAUUGAUGUGGUACACAACUCGCCAUUUAAGACACCAAAGCUGUGUUUUCAUUCUUACAAUGAUGUGCUGUGUCUACCAGAGGCCAUGGAGAGAAUGAUACAUCACUGGAAAGAUGAGUAUGAUCUAGAUAUCACUUCCAAGAUGUGGCAAAAUUCACCACAUGCUUCACACUUAAGAACUGAUCCACAAACCUACAAUAGGCUUCUCAAUGACUUCCUCAAAAAAGUGGGUUUAGAUAAUAUUUCAUUACAACUAUCCUCAAAGCUGUGAUUAUUUGAAGGGGGGAAUUACACCCUCAGAUACUGCCAGAAGU